AUGGCGGCGGGCUGGCUGUGGCGGCGGCUCUGUCAGGGAUCAGCUUUUCCUGUCAGUUAUGCAAGCAGAAUUAUGCAAAAGCAGUAUUUUCUUCCGAGCUCCAACUUGAUGGGAGCACGGCUGGCUGGAUCCCAUAGUGAUGCACAGGAGCCUAAGACUAAUCCUUUGGUAUCUAUUUCAGAUGAGCCAGAAACACUGUACAAGAGAUUGUCCAUUUUGGUUAAAGGCCACGACAAAGCUGUGCUGGACAGCUAUGAAUAUUUUGCAGUGCUUGCAGCUAAAGAACUUGGCAUCUCUGUUGAAAAAGUAGAUAAACCCCCAAAGACGAUAGAACGAUUUACACUUCUCAAAUCUGUACACAUUUACAAGAAGCACAGAGUUCAGUAUGAAAUGAGAACACAUUACUUGAGUUUAGAGUUAAAAUACCUAACAGGCAGUACUGCUGCAGUUUACUUGGAGUAUGUGCAACGAAACUUACCUGAAGGGGUUGCCAUGGAAGUGAAAAAGACUAAGAUAGAGAAAAUACCAGAACACAUUCAGAAACCUGUUUGGGAUACACUACCUCAAGUAGAAGAAACUGAAGUAAAGUCAUGAACACACCAGGUACUUGGCUCCAUUAGUACUGAAAUUCAUUGCUACUAUCAACCUCAUUUACUGAGACAGUCCAUUGUUAAAUAAAGGUUCUUGUAUAAAGAAAUUAUAUGAACUCUUGUUUCAUCAAGUUAUUCUUGCUCAUAACUCCAGUACAUGUAGACUGAACUGCAGUGAAGUGGAGAAGUUUGACUGUAUUCUCUGAUCAGUGACUGUGGUCAUUUAUAACAAGUUUGUAGAAAGGUAAAGUUUAUUUUUACUUAUAUAUGUAAAAGUAUGUGCAUAUAUAUGUAAAUAUAAAUUCACCAUCUCCUUUUGAUACUAAAUGGCUUCUGAAUGCUGAAAUACUGCAAA